CGCCCACCAUGCCUCUCUUCGGGAACACGUUCAGCCCCAAGAAGACGCCCCCGCGGAAGUCCGCCUCGCUCUCCAACCUGCACAACCUGGACCGGUCAGCGCGCGAGGCGGAGCUGGGCCUGGACUAUGGGACCCCCACCAUGAACCUGGCCGGACAGAGCCUGAAAUUUGAAAAUGGCCAGUGGAUCGCAGAGUCGGGGGUCAGCAGCGGCGUGGACCGCAGGGAGGCCCAGCGCCUCCGGAGACGCAACCAGCAGCUGGAGGAAGAGAACAACCUCCUGCGGCUGAAGGUGGACAUCCUGCUGGACAUGCUGUCAGAGACCACAGCCGAAUCCCACCUGAUGGAGAAGGAGCUGGAUGAGCUGAAGAGUGUCGGCCGGAGGCGGAAAUGAAGACCCCCAAGCCCUCCAGCCAGGAAGAGACCCCCCCCAUCAGAGCAGUAGA